AUGGCACUUGAAUGGGUGGUACUAGGCUACGCCGCAGGCGCAGAGGCAAUCAUGGUCCUUCUCUUGACAAUCCCAGGCCUUGACGGACUGCGCAAGGGACUGAUCGCGGUUACACGCAAUCUGCUGAAGCCGUUUAUGUCGGUGGUGCCGUUUUGCCUGUUUCUGCUGAUGGAUAUAUACUGGAAGUACGAGACGAGGCCAAGCUGCGAGGGCGAGUCCUGCACUCCAACUGAGCAUCUCCGACACCAGAAAUCUAUCAUGAAGAGCCAGCGGAAUGCCUUGUUGAUCGGUGCUGCACUCGUUUUCUACUGGCUGCUUUACUCGGUUACUCAUCUUGUUGUGAGGAUCGAGCAGUUGAAUCAGCGCGUCGAGAGGCUCAAGAACAAGGAGUAA